CUCCCUCCCCCGGCGCUUUCGUACGGCGUGCGCGUACGGGCGCCGCAUUACCGAUCGAGCGAGCCGACGACUCGAGCGCGCGCGGGCCGAGUCCGGCGGCGCGAUUAGACCCCGCGUUACCCGCGUAGUGCGCAGUCAGUGUCGAGGGAGAUGGCACGCCGUGCGGCCGUGUCAUCGUGAUCUCGCGCGCGCGUCGACGUCCGCGGGCUUUUUCUCCCCCCCUCCCCUGUCCGUGCCGAGCGGCGUGCCGCUCGCGUAAUGACAUAAUCGAGUGCGCGUUUCUUCGGUGGGUCUCGUUUCGGUGGUGCGCGAGACGCGGCGACUCGCUCGAGGACGGGGCGGAUAGUAGAGUCGGUGGUGCGGGCCGUGAGAGUGAGUUUACCGCGGGACACCCGGCGCCUCUUCGCCUCGGGAUCGCGACGUAGUUCGCGCCUCGCGUGGCGUCGCGGCGGGCGGCGACAGCUACGCGAGACACCGGGGGCCGUCACCUUGAGUCGGGCGAGACCUUGCCUCUCCUCUCCGUCUCUCUCGCGCGUACGCUCGUAGGAGACGUAAUCCCCCGCCGACAAACAAGCGGGGCCCCUCGCCUACGCGCGCGCGUCGGGCCGCGCCGCCGGCUAUGAGAGUACCGAGUGAAGUUAGCGGCAGUCGCGACCUUGCUCGCCGCUGCCGCCGUCUCGCGCGCGAUCAUGCUACGUAACGACUCGCGACGUGUGCAACGCUCGCCCGCGCGGCAACAGGAAUCGGCGUGGAACGUCGCCGCGCCGCGGGACGAACGCUACUGAAGACGGGAAGCGAAGCGAAGCGGAGCGGAGCGGAGCGAAAACGUCAACCGGCCGGCCGGCACCCGAUGGCAGCGUUUCCAAUUCCGAUCGCGUUCGCGUGCGACGACGACGACGUGUCACCAGCUGCUGCUGCCGCCGCGACGUUUUGACCAGCGCGCGCUGGCGGUAGAGAGGCAGGAGCCAAAGGAGUUUUUCUCACUCGCGGCUGGUCGGCGCGUACCCGCGCCAUGCCCGGCGAUCCCCGGCCGCGUCAAGGAGGUUAGACGGCCAUUGACCGGCGGCGAGCCGCGACAGCGUGUGGUGUAGCCGCGCGCGCCGAACACGCGCCGGUUUCGAGUAGGCGCGAGGCACGUAGGGGGACCAACUCCGGUUCCCGCCGUUUCCGAAAGGGAGGGACGUCGACCCCCCUCCGCCCUCUCCGACGAGUUGGGGAGUCGCGUGUCCGUGCGCGCGGAGCCGGCGCGAUUCGCUCGUGGUCGCGCGUAUUAUGUCGCGCUACGUGCGCCGCGCGGAGAGACGCAACGGUACGCGGUACUGCGGUCACGUCGGUGAGAAGAGCGCGAGCGGCCAGGAGCGCGGACCGGGCGGUCGCACAUCAUCGUCGAGCGCGUGAGGAAUCGCGAGGACCGGCUCGCCGGAGGAUGCGGCAGUACCCGCCGCCGGUGUCCCCACGUAGGCGAGCUACGUGCUGGCACGUCGUGCCAGUGAUGUCGUGGGUGUCGUCAGGGUCAUCCGCAGCGCUGCUGGACCUGGACCAUGGCCGGCAAGCCUGAGCAGCCGUCCACGCUCCCUGCCCCCCCGAGUCACGGCCAUCAGCAUCAGCAUCAUCACCAGCAGCAGCAGCAGCAGCAGCAACAACAGUCGCAUCACCCGCAGCAACAGCAGCAGGCUAUACAGCAGAAUAGCGUGCUGGUGUACGUGUCGGGGGAGAACUUUGCGUACGCCACGGCGGUGGGUCAGAAUGUCGCCGCGACCGCUGCUGCCGCUAUCGCGGUCGGUUAUCAGUCGCAGCCGCAGCAGCAGCAGCAGCAGACGACGACGCAAUACGCCGGCAUCCUGCAGACGCCGCAGGUGGCGACGGCGCAGGCGGUUACGACGACCUUUCCCGCCAAAACCGCCGUAUACUGCGCCGACGAGAGCGGGGUCAACGUAGGGAGUAACGCCACCACCACCAUCACCACCCCCGCGAUCGGCUGUUGCCGCCUGAAGCCGUCGCUCGAAGCGACGACGGCAACGACGACGACGGCGGCGGCGGCGGGUGCGGAUGGCUGCGAGUCCAGGCACACACCUUCUCUGGCGAACGACGAGGACGAGGAGGACUACGCGAUGCUGUAUCGGCAGGCCAGUCUGGGCCACUCGACGGCAGUGUGCGCCACGUCGACGACGACGACGACCGCGGCGAUGGCGAUGAUGACGCGCAAGCGGACGCCGGAGAGCGGGGGAGAGGCGGACGGCCUCGGCAACGGCGACCCGAUGGUGUCCGGCGCGAAGACGUAUCAGACCGCGCGGCUCCAGCACCCCGGCGGCGCUGGUGACGCGUACCCCGCGAGGAUCGGCGGCGAGUACAACGCCGCGACGAACAAUAAUAGAAUCGCCGCGCGAGCGAAUCCGGGCGACGACGACUGCUGCGGCGGCGGCGGCAGCAACGGUAUCGCGCUUCAGAACGCCGGCGAGCAGCAACAGGCGGCGAGCGCGGACGACAGCGGCCGGCAGCAGGACGGUUUCGACCAGCAGUCCGCCGCCUCCUCGGCGCCGACGUCGGCGCUCGGCGCGACAGUGUUGGUCAGUGUUGGCGACGGUGGUGUCGGUGUGGUCGCGGCGACCGGCGGCUGCGACUCGGCCAGGUCCGACGAGUCGUCGUCGGCGGCGACGGCGACGGUGACGUCGACGACGGCGACGGCGACGACGACGUCGCCGACGAGCUACAGCAGCCUCGGUAGCCCCGACGAGAGUCAGGGACAGCACGACGGCGGCAUGCCGGUGCCGAGUAAUAAUCAUCCCGGCGGUGGUAGUGCGUGCGCGCAGCAGGCUGCGCGCCAGCAGCCGCCGUCGCGUGUCAACGGUAGUAACAAUAAUGGUGUGCAGCAUAACGCGGUGGUGUUGACAAUGAACGGUAGUGCGGUGGUUACGCAGCAGCAGCAGCAGCAGCAGCAACAAUUGUCGGCGAUCACCGUGCCACGUGGAUGGAAAAGGAUAUGCACCAACGGGGUCAUCAUUUACAUCAGUCCAAGCAGUACGGCGCUGGGUUCGCUGGACCAACUGAAGGAAUAUCUGACGACAGUGGGAACCUGCAAAUGCGGCCUGGAGUGCCCGCUCCGGCCCGAACAGGUCUUCAACUUCGACCCCAAGGUUGCGACGCGACCUUGGAGCCCGGAUCAGGGCAAGACGCGGGAGAUGACCAAGCUCUGCAACCAUAAGAGGAAACUUCUGCUGCCGGCCGCGGCCGCGGCCGCCAGUCCUGUUGCGUCCUGUACGCCGGCGGUCUCGUCGUCGACUUUAUCUUCUGGCCCGACAACGGCCUCGAUUCACGCGAACGCCGACUCGCCCACGUCGCCGGAUAAAACCAGAAAAGAUGGUCUCAGCAAGAAGAAGAAGAGGAAACUAGGAGGCAUAGGCGGCAUUUAUUCCGGCGUCUCGGUUUCACAACUUCUGGCACAACGGGAGAGAGCUAUUGCCGCGGUUGCGGCAUCUGGAGUUCAAGGUUCACCGGUGCCUAAUGGAUCGCAGGUAUGGCCGAUUACGAUCCCGAAUCUGCAAGUUCAGCAGAAUGGACAACAAAUCUGUCAUCAGUCUUUAAGUUCGCCUUCCCAGAAUCAUGACGUUAGCAGUUGUGCGAGAAAUCCUCAACAGAGGGUAAAUCAACAUAAUAUGUCGGGCAUGCUGAUGGGCAACCCGUUGAUUAUGAAUCAGCAGGGUACAAAUUUCAAUAAUAUGACUCAGCAGCAGCAGCAGCUUUUACAACAGCAACACCAGCAGCUUAUUCUACAGCAGCAACAACAGCAGCACCAGCAGCUCAUUCAGCAGCAGCAACAAUCGCAGCAGUUGUUGCCGCACCAGCAGCAGUUACAACACAUGCAAAUUUUACAGCAGCAACAACAACAGGAACAACAUCAAAACACCGUAGUAAAUCAAUUAGCGCAACAGCAGACUCCUCAUUAUAUCAAUCAACUAAAUCAGCAGUCGUUACAUGUAAUGCAACAGCAGCAGCAGCAGCAACAUUUGAAUCAGCAGCAACAGCAGCAGCAACAACAGCAGCAGCAAAUGCAUUUGCAGCAAAUUCAAAAACACAAUAUGCAACAACAGCAGCAGCAUUUAGUACAGGAAGUGGAUCAACAACAAUCGGCAAAUUAUAAUAAUCAGCAUUCUGUUGAGAAUUACGUGCAUCACAUGCAAACGUCGCAAGUGCCGAAUCAAACCGCCCUCCAUCCGCAGUUGCAUCAGCUUCAUCAGCAUCAAAUGCAACAGUCACAACAGAAUCAGCACGCUAUGCAGCCUCAAUCGACAGAUCACUUCCAAAUGCAGAUUCAGCAGCAACUGCAACAGCAGCAGCAACAACAGCAACAACAGCAUCAGCAGCAAAUGUCACAAGUAUGCAUUCAGCCACAAUAUUCGAGCCAACAAUUGAAUCAUCACUCUGUAGACAUUAUGCAGCAACAAACUGGUUCUGCCGUCAUGACUAAUAUCAACGCCAUGGACAUUCAAAAUAGGCAUAACCGAUCAUCAGUUGAUGAAGAUCUGAAUGCAAAACAAUUACAACAGCAACAGCAGCAGCAACAACAACAACAACAGCAGCAACAACUUUUGUUACAUAAUCAUUCGAUGCAGCGACACCAUGUGGUCCAAAAUGGCGGUUUGCCGAGUAGUCCUCAUGAGAAUGUUCAACGGAUGUACGCUCAAAAUCAGGUACAAUAUCCGGCGAGAAAUUUCGAUCCCGCAAAGGGAACGAAUACAGAUGCCAAGAUGGGACAUCAACAACAAUUUCUCUCCAAUCAUACGGGACGAAGCCCGAACACCAGUCACACUGUUGAGGUGCAGCAAUCUGGUAUGGGACCAAACGGGCAACCCGGCAAUAUGCAUUUCAACAACAGGACACCGCCAUGGCAACAAAAUCGCGCCGCAGUUGUAUCCCAUCAACCGUCCGUCACAGUUCAGAAUAUCACUUGCAAUUCGUUUGACCGUGUACCGCCGCUUCAUCAUCACAUUCCACAGCCUUCCAAUUGGACGGACGAGACCGCACGGAAAAAGGCGAAGUCGAAUAAAGUAGUAGUGAAGAAGCAGCGUCAGCAUGGAGUCGCAGAGUUGUCGAGAACAAAUAAUGGAUUGGAACAUUCGACACCAAGUCCGGUAGAUGAAUUCAGUGAGAAUAAUCAACAAAAUAACGGUCAGGUAGGCUCAACGUUCAACAGUAGCGGUCCUUCGUUCCUAGAGGAUCCUAGUGGGUACCUCGCUCAGCAAACGGCGCUGCUAAACAGCACGAUAUCGAGACAGACUGGUGUCAGUAGUUCUCAAGUAGGCAUGAUGAACAAUAAUUCGAAAGCAUCGUCUCAAACCAGUCAUGGCAUGCAUGUGCCUAACACCUAUAUUCCUCAACCAAAGCCUUCCUCUAUCGCCAGUCCCACGAGUACCUCGUCAUUUGCUUCCGUAAAAAAUCACGCAACCUCGCCGGUUGUCGUACACAGUAGUAUGACGCCGACGUCAAGCAGCGGCACGGAUUCCGAGAGUAGUCCAUGUCAAGGCUGUGUCACCAGCGCCGACACGCAGUCCUACAUUCAGGAUCAGUAUAAGCAGCAGAUGCAGCGACAGUACCUGAUGCACACGGAUCAGCGCGAAGAUCCUGUUACAUCGUCAACGUUCGGCGAGCGAUAUCAAACGAAUAAUCAACCGCAAGCCGAUUCCAGACCGAUACAAGGCGGUACUGUGAGCACCAGUCAUGGAUCUCCCAUCGGUACGAAUAGUCCGGCUAAUUCGGACACGCCAGCAGCCUCGACGCCUGGAAUUUCGCAACCGGCGACCCCGCAGAGUCUCAUUUCGUCGCAACCGGCGACGCCACAUAGCUAUUCGCAACCGCCAACACCUCAUUCACAUGUCUCGGGCCAAAUGCCAUCGCAGACACUAACUCCACAAGCGCAACAGCAGCUGUCGCAAUCCUUGAUUGGUGGCAGCAUUCAAGAACAAAGAUCGGAGACUCCUAGUUCUGGCACGAUGAGUUCCAGUGGUAUUCCACCUAGUACUUCACCAUCACAGACGUCCUCGUCUGUGUCGGAUAAUUUAACAUCACAAGUGAAACGGCAAAUAACAAGGCAAAGUUCUCUAGAUGGUUAUCAACCUCACCCACACACCGUCAAUGCGGUCUCCAGGAUACCCAUAAACACUUUUAGUGGAACAUCAUCCGUGAUAACAACUAUGGCAAGUGGUCAUACAGUUAGUAGUAACACAAUUACGUCUGUGUUAGCCGGAAGAGCAAACACGGCUACUGUUUCCAUAAACACUCCGUCUGCGAUACCGAAUCCUGCUAUAUCCAGUCUUUUGCCGAACAAGCCACAACAUCAGACACAACCUACGGUAUUGACGAAUGUGCCGGGUACUCCAGUUACGACUCACUCAUCUAUUCCACUUAGUCAAUCUUCGACGAUGAGCGUCUCUAAAUCACCGCUCGAAAUGGUUCAGAGCGUUGUUAGCAGCAUACAAGUACCUCAGACGAGUACGAACUCAUUGCAGCCGCAAAUGCAACAGCAGCACCCGCAACAACAGCAGCAGCAUCAGCCACAACAGCAACAACAUCCGCAAGCCAAUGUUCAAGUUCACAACGUUCUCACUUCAGGAGGUAUACUGAAGCAUCCUGCUGGAUCGGCGCUACCACCCGGUCAUAUAUUGGUGUCCAGUGGCGGUCAACUCAUAAUGGCGAGUACCGGGUCGACUAUUAAUGGCGUGAUGGCGCCUCCUCCACCGAAAAUCAUCUCUAACGCCAAUUCUAUGCCACCAUUGUCAGUAUCGCCGAUGGUUACCAGCGUAACCGGAGCCGUCAGUCAAGUAAUCCCUGCGGUGGGCGUAGCCCAACAAGUGAUAGGGCAACCUACAGUGCUGGUGAAUACUAUUCAGACUCCGGUGUUGAUUCAACCUGGUGUAAUGACGAUGGAUAGCAUAGGCCAGAACGUGCAGAUACCACAUCUGACGGUUGCUACCGGCAAUGUUAUACAAAACACUCAGUCCAUCAUUGACGCAAAUCAGGAUGUGUCCAGAACGGUCGGCGCCAAUCAAGGCAUGACGGUGAAUCGACAGCCGGCGCUAUUGUCGCCGGAAUCGGCGAUGACCAAGAAAAAGGCAUACAAGAAACGAAAAGCAAAUCCACAAACAGUGGCGUCGAUGCUACACAUUGCCUCGUCCCAGCAAAACGCUGGUAUGUUGAUGCAAUCGCAGUCAAACUUCGCCCAGCAAAACUUUCAGACUCAGAGCAUAGGCGGACCCAUGCUCCAGGCGCUAACUAUUGUGCCUGGUAAGGGCGGAGCACCGGCGCAGCUUGUGAUGAACGGUCAGACCGGCGCAGCGUCCGCGCAAUUUAACACUCAGCAAAUAAUCACAAAUCCUCAACCAGCUCAACAAAUAAAUCUCCUUCAACCGGUGAACUUAUUAAAUGGCACAGCCGGGAUGGUUCAGAAUUUCCCUACUAUCCAGCAGUUUAUCGUGCCAGGUUUGGGUAGCAUGGUAAUGUCUGCAGACGGAACGGCUACGUUAUUGCAAGACGCAGGUAACAUCGGGAUGCAGCUUCAGAUACAGAAUGUCAAUGGUCAGAACGUGUUGACGCCGGUACAGAGCCAUGGUGGCAUAUUCAAUCCGAGUCAGAGCAUAUUGGCCGCCGGUCCAGCCGGCAUGGUCAUAAGGGCGCCACAGGCAACUGGCGGAAAGAUAAUUCAACAGCACAGUCCAGGAGCGCAGUUUCUUUCGCCGAAUAGCGGCCAGUUCCUAGUGAACGGUACAACAUCCUUCGGGAAUCAAUUGAGUCCGAUAGUGGCCAAUGUUAGUCCGAAUCAGCAAGUGACGUUCAACGCUUCGCAAGUGAGACCGCCAAACAUGCAAGGUCAGCAGGAGUUCAUACAGAUGAAUGGGCAAACGCUUAUGGUACCUUGCGCAACCGCACAGAAUAUUGCCGUCUCUUCAGCAUCGAAUCAACAGAACACGACCUUUGUGCAACAGAACACGACGAUCGUACAGCAGCAGACAACUAUGGUCUCAAACAAUCAGAUACCAAAUUUUCAAAGCGCAGCUUCUAACGGCGGACAAACUGUCGAUCCUUCUUUAAAUCUCGACCAUAAUCAGUCUUAUAUUCUGAGUUCCGGUAUGAUUCAGGGUAAGGCGGCGUCAUCAUCUCCGAAAAGCGGCGUAAAUUCGCCGUCGUCCGAUCAGAAUGUCGAACAGCAACAAUACGUGCUAGCCAGUAGUAGCACGACCGUCAUGGAGAAAACGGCCCAACAAAAUGAACAGCACAGCCCGUUGAUGGCAAGGCAUUCUGUGUCGACGCAAACCGCAGGGAACCAAACGAACGUUGCGCAAUCGGCGAUGAUGCGGCAAGGAUCUCCUCCCGACACGACCACCCAUAGUCCGGGAAACAGUCAGAGAUCCAACAGUCCAGCUGUGGAUACUACUACACAUGGUGCAGCCUCGCCAGCGCCUCCGAUCACCGCUAGACAUCACUCGUCAUCCACGCCUAUGGUUCAUUGCGUUUCGAGCAGCGAACCGGACUCUGGCGACACGCAGGUGGCGUCGGAGGAUUGGAGAAUGCAGGGUAUCGCCACUAAGGAGAUCACGUUGAAUCAACCGAGUCUGCACGGAAAGACCUAUGUAGAGUCAACAGUGACAACUGGGAUCCAGAUCUAUACGUCAGAGACGUUGAAGCAAGCCGAAGGUGUGGUGAGCACGGUGAGGUGCGAGGGCAGGGAACAUGCCCUCGGCCGCGGAAUCAAGCGAAAGCUGGACUCCAUCCAUUCCAUGCAUUCUACUCUGCAUGAAGACCAAGAUGUAGCAGAGACAAAGGACGUAGACGACGGAAACCAAUGGAAACUGAUGGUCGGUGACCUAGUGUGGGGCGCAGCAAGAGGAAGUCCGGCCUGGCCGGGAAAAGUCGAGUCUUUGGGCCCCCCGGGUACUAUGACAGUUUGGGUUCGGUGGUACGGGGGCGGGGGCGGUCGCACCCAAGUCGAUGUCAAGGCUCUCAAGUCCCUCUCCGAAGGCCUCGAGGCGCAUCACCGCGCCCGUAAAAAGUUUAGGAAAAGUCGUAAAUUGAAUAUGCAAUUGGAAAACGCAAUACAAGAGGCGAUGGCGGAACUGGACAGGAUGACGGAAGCCUCCAGCGGCCAGAAAGAUAUCAAAAAGUCGCCCAAGGUGACGUCGCUGCCGGCAACCAGCUCGAAGGGUAUCAAUGGCGCCGGCAGAUCGGAGGCCAAGAGAUCGUCGAAGAGGGUCGUGGCCACUGUGGACCAUGCCAAAGCCGAACAGAAACAAUGCCGGUGAUCCGUGUCGAUCACGGUUGUUUAGCGAACACCCGCGAUCGGCCACUCUCGCCCGUCGUAAAUCGCGGAGUGUCGAUCAUCUUCGCGCAGAAAUGUAAUUAGUCAGCUCUUUCAGUUUAAUAAAUUAUCAAUAACAAAUCUACACGAGUGUGACACGUCCCACAAAUUUACCGAUGCAUUUCCGUUUGCUUCAAUCGACUGCUAUUAAUCACAAUCGCGACCGUAGCGAUUGCAGCGCGGGCACAAUUUAAUGCAGCUGUGACGUGGAUUCUAUUACAUGUAACGAAUCUAGCGCGACAGAUGAGGUCGAAUCUAUUGGUGCAGAAAUAUGUGAUGCUACGAUGCUAUGUUAAUAUGAUACGAAUCGCCUUAAGCACGGACCCGCUACAUCUCGGUGAUCGCUGUGAUCUGCUGCAUCCGAAUAAUCAAGAUUCCUUCGUCCCGAGGAUUUAAUCUUCGAGCAAAAUGUACAAUUUUAUCUCCCCCCAACAUGUUAAAAUUCUUUCUCGUAGCUUAAUCAAUACGCUUUGGGACGCUCUGGUAACGGGGCGUCUCUGAGAAUAAUCAAAAGGCUCGUCUAUGAUUUUAUUAAAUCGAAAAGAGAAUUUUCGAUUUCUUGGAUGCAGAAGCCACGUGGCGUCGAACAUAGAGCUAUAUAUUGCGAUACUGGCAAGCGUUUUUCCUUUUUGUAAAUUUGUCGAUAUCAAGCCUAAGCCACCGUAGCAUCUGCUGCAACAUCUUUAGCGUAUUCUGUUUGUGACCAAAAAAGUACAUCCGUUUUUAACAGACGUGUAAAAUUGCAAAUAAUCAAUAGCGACGUACAGGAAACACUACGGCCGAUUCACCAAAAAUAGGCCUACGGCAUGCAUUGUUAGAUAAUUUAUCCUAACACACGCGUAUGUAUCUACAGAAAGUAGGUAGAAAGACGAUUCACAGGCGUUUCUGAAUUGACAGAGGCAGGGAUUACAUUUAUCAGGCGAAUGAUUUGUCGUACGAUUAUUUCACUCGACGGACGAUUCCUUUAAUGAGAUAACUCAAAGGACGGCGUUUGUAACGCGAACUUUCUACGAUAAUGUACAUUGGAUGUGAUCUCCCGGUUGCUGCGCGCGGUUUUUACAAUUUACACGUGCAAUUGGGAGGCAUGGAUGUUUCCUGAAAACAUGUACUCGCCCCACGUAUUCGGGCGAUCGUAAACAAACGUGUAUAGUUUUAAAAAGAUAUUUUUGCGAACGAACCUUCAUUACACUAUCCGUAGAGAAUAAUGCAUUUUUUUAGAAGGCUAUACACAGUGUAUGGAUCAUUGUUUUACUGUGACGAUGUCAUGCUACAGGCUCGUUGAACCAUUUUAAACUUACACGCGUCCACGGGACGCAAAUUGAUCCGCGCGAUCAUUUUCUUAAACGACGUUCUUCGAACGAUAUGUAAACCUGGAACACGCUGCGACUGAAUAAUACGCGAUUUAAUAUACAGUAGUGAAGCGAUCGGAAAUUGCUGCAAGGUUCGGCAUCCGGUGUUUUUAACAAGUAACGAUGCAAGCGAUUGUUCUUUAAAAAAAAAACAUGUCUUAAAUUAAUCCAGAAUUUUUCAGAACACGCGACAAAUUUCGAUUCCUAGAUCGUUCUGAAAAAUCAUAUUGAUUAAGUGAGAAUUCAAACGAAAGGAAAUUUUGGGAUAAGGAUUAAAAUAUAUACUAUCGAUAUAGAAUUCCUUGAGAGGAGAGAAAAUCCAGGAAACUGAAUCUACAUUCGUUUAUGUUUUGCCUGUAAGAAGGCUCAUAAUUAUAUAUUUUAAUUGCGACUCGAUGUCGCAUUGAUUUGGCGGCUAUAUUUCUCUAAGAUGCAAGUACGCUGAAUUUAAUCGCAAUUUGAAGAAGAAGAACGAUCGUUUGUGACAAACAGUGAAUUCGAAGGUGCGUUAAACAUCUCGAAUACACAUCGUCGAGAUAACUUGGGCGCGUUCGGAAACAUACGAUAGACAAUAAAGAAGAUGCAAGUAUCAAAAAAGAUCGCGCGAUUCUCGAUUUACGUUUUCCGCCACCGAUCUGGAUUUCUUUGGGAAAAAAUUUCGCUAUGAAUGCACCGGCUGCGUAAUACUUAACUAUACGGGUCCGCGUACAGAUUUUUUAGUGUUAUAUUAUGGCUGUAAAUAUGUCAAGUACGAUGAUAACACCGUCAUAAUAACGAAUAUAACUCAGUUGUAAGGAAGGCCAACGUAAAGCAACUAGUUUAUGUACGAAUAAAUUAUCGUUCGCAGAGACGAGUCUGUAAGGGAACGUUUGCUUCUGAGAUUAAAACGGAGCUACUCUUAUAUCAAAAGACAACUGCUUAAUGUCACCGUACAUUUGCGGGAAACCACAGACCAUUCGCGAAGACGGGUUUUUCUGCAAGCGAAAUCUUGUCUAAGCCGUACGUUCUCUGUCUUUUCGUGAAGCAGGAAGUUGCCUGAGUCAUAUCUUUUACUUUGUGACGCAUAUAUAAAAUUUGUGGGAGAGGACUAUGAGAAAAUAUUUUUCAACAUAUUUACGAAGCUUAAAUAUAGAAUAUUUACCUUUGCUAUAUCUUUUCUGUGAUUUAAGGUACGUUCUACGCGACGUUAUAAAAAAACAAACAAACAAACGAGGAGCAUAAUUAGUUGAAUUUUUCCACGUGAUCGUGACUUAGGCCACUUUCAUCAUCGCAAAUAUCGUAGACGAUGUAAAAGCUCGUGGAGAUUUUGCGAGCAGUUUUCUCCCCCAGUGCGCGUUUCUCUACUUAAGGACAAUUAUAUCAAAGUAAAUCAAAAGUUCGCGAUAUCACAUAUUACUCGCUAAGUUUCACAAAAAAAAAA